GUUGUAUGGACUGAUAUUGGUAAUGAAAGGAAGAAACAACCUCCACCAAGCUUUUUGUCUCAGCACGUUCCAGGACUCUCUAACUCUCCAAACUCCACUUCUUCAGGAUUCAGUUCAGAAGAGUCAGUUGUAAGGUCAUUUUACUCUGAAUUUGGAAUCAGUUUAGAUGGCUACUCCAGGUUACAGCAGGCUGUUUACUGGGAUGGGCCUGACAGGUCAAUCACAAAUGUGUCCACGAGUACUAGUCCAGCCCACACCACAUUCAACAUUGAGAACCUGAAAGAGAGCUUCCAAACUGGUGAGGAGCUUUUUGUUACGGUGCACGCAAAGGACUUUGACAGUAAAUCCAAGAGUUAUGGAGGCGACUUUUUUCAAGCCAAGCUGUUCUGGUCUAAAACUAAGGCCAGUGUGUUUGGGGAGGUGGUGGACCUGCUCAACGGCUCCUACUCUGUGCAUUUCCUCCUGCCGUGGGUCGGCGAGGCCCAGGUGGCUGUGCGUCUAAUUCACUCCAGUGAGGCUGUGCAGGUCCUGAAGCGUCACAGAGAUACUGACUCUGACAGGGUGUACUUUAAUGGAUUUUACGAGGGACCAGGACCAAAUAAGACCAGGCUGAGUGAAGCAGUGAUGUGUAAUGUUAAGUGGGACAAGAAUGGACUAGAGCAUAUGGGAACUGGAGACUGUUGCUGUGAAUACAAAGAUCCCCGUACCGAAGAAAUAUGGCGCUGCCAGAGACCCAAAUCCCUGCCAUGCAGUGCCCGUGUGUACCAUUCUAUGGGCGGUUAUAGAAACCGUCUUAUGACAGACAAACAUGUUCUCUUUGACAGGACGCAAACUAACAAAGGUAUCAAUGGAGAUAAGAGCAUCAUCAAAAUUGUUCAUUCCCAUGGAAAUGAAACUAUUGAUGUAGCAGAGAAAUGUCAUCCUGGUUUACACACUCCAGUUCCAGCCGGCUUUUACCUCAAUGAUGUGUGGACGUCUUUUGUCUGUAGCACCCGACAUUUUACAACCCAAACGACAACAGAGUGCCUGAAAGACAAACACAUUUACAUGAUGGGAGACUCUACCAUGAGACAGUGGUUUGAGUUCUUUGUGAAAGUAGUACCAACCCUGAAACAGAUGAACCUGCAUGUUCAAUAUCAGUCAGGGCCGCUCCUAGCAGUGGAUGUGAAGAACAACAUUGACUUACACUGGAGGGCUCACGGCAUUCCUCUGCGCAGCCGAAAAUCAGCAGUUGCUAAUCUGCACUACAUCAGUAAUGAGAUCGAUGACCUGGCUGGAGGAUCCCACACAGUCAUUAUGUUCAAUCUGGGGCCCCAUUUCACCACGUACCCUCUGGAUUUCUACACCCAUAGAGUGUUGAGGAUCCGCAAAGCUGUUCUAGCAUUGUUACAGCGGGCGCCUGACACUACCGUUAUAAUCAAGACUGUCAACACUGGCUAUAAGGAUAUUUUCGGGAGUGAUUGCCCUGCUGGUGAUAAAGAAUUAUAG